AUGGUUUCCCUCACUCAGAACCUCGCCGCUGCGCUGGCGAUUUUUGGCAGCACUGCGUCUGCUCACAUGAUCUUGGCCAACCCUGUUCCCUACGCCAAAGAUACCAUCACAAACAGCCCUCUGUCCUCGUCCGGGUCCAACUUCCCGUGCCAGCUGACUGGUGAUGCCUCCACAUUCUACUCCACGAGUGGCCUCUCCAACACUGCCACCGCAGGCGAGAGCAUUACCAUGUCCUUCACAGGCUCUGCCGUCCACGAGGGUGGUUCUUGCCAGGUGGCUCUCUCUACAGACAUGCAGCCCUCCCAGACUACACGGUGGUCUGUGAUCCUGUCCAUCGAGGGUGGCUGCCCUUCCAAGGACGGCACAUCCGCGUCGACCUACGACGUCACCAUCCCCUCGGACAUCCCAGCGGGCACGUACAGCUACGCGUGGACGUGGACCUCGAAGCUGUCGGGCACCCAGGAGUACUACAUGAACUGCGCCCCCAUCACCAUCAAGGCCGCCUCGGGCUCCAAGGCCCGCUCCCAGAACAUUCGCAUGCGCAGCGACGCCCUGGACAGCUACCCGCCCCUGGCUGUGUACAACCUGGCCGAUCUCAACAGCUGCAAGUCCACCCUGAGCAGUGACCCCACGUACCCCUUCCCCGGCGCCACUGUCGAC